AUGUCGGUAAGUUAUUCUAGCUCUGACGGUGACGAGUUCAGCCUUCACACUGCCACCAACGUCGAUCACGGUCCAACUGACGAGCUUCCCGACGAUGAUUCUUUUCAGGACCAUCGACCGCGGUUAUUAAUCAUGGGCCUGCGCCGGAGCGGGAAGUCGAGUAUAAGAAGAGUAGUUUUUCAUAAGCUUCCUGCGAACGAGACACUGUAUCUGCGAAGUACACAGAGAUUGGAAAAAGAUAACAUAACAUCGUUUGUUAACUUUCAAGUAUGGGAUUUUCCUGGUCAAGAAUUUCCCUUUAACCCAGUAUUUGAUGUACAGGAAAUAUUUGGUGAAUAUGGCGCAUUAAUAUUCGUGAUUGACGCGCAAGACGACUACGGAGAAGCCUUGGCUCGUUUGCACGAAAUUAUGAUUCACGCUUACCGCAUAAAUAGUGAACUCGCUUUCGAAGUAUUUAUUCACAAAGUCGAUGCCCUGUCCGACGACUACAAGCUCGAUACUCAACGUAAUAUUCAUCAGCGCACAAUGGAUGCACUCAGCGAUGCCGAACUCGAGAUCGAACCUCGCUUUCACCUGACGAGUAUUUAUGAUCAUUCGAUUUUUGAAGCGUUCAGUAAAGUUAUACAAAAACUGAUUCCACAACUGCCUACAUUGGAAAAUUUAUUGAACAGUUUGUGUGCGACCUCUGGGAUUGACAAGGCGUUUCUCUUUGACGUAAACUCCAAAAUCUACAUAGCCACUGACCGUGCGCCCGUUGACAUGCAAACAUAUGAAAUUUGUAGCGAUAUGAUUGAUGUAAUAAUGGAUGUAUCAGAAAUAUACCGUCCUGUAAAUGAGGAUGCACAGAACAUAGGUGGGGCUGCUGGGGCGGCUGAAAGUACAAAUUCUAGUGUGAUGAUGGAUAGAGCAGACGAUACUGCGGCGACUAUUCAGUUGACUAAUGGAGUAGUUCUGGCUUUGAAGGGCGUUAAUCGGUUCCUUGCAUUGGUGUGCAUUCUACGAGCAGAGAAUUAUGGAAAGCAUGGUUUACUUGAAUAUAAUUUCCAGUGCUUUAAGCAAGCGAUAGCUGAAGUUUUUGAAGUGAAACGGAUGAGUACCGAACGGCUCAAACAAGAGAAUUUGAGGAUGGUUGCCGAAGCUUCUACUGCUCAGGUGUGA